AUGAGAGUCAGCACCGCCUUUACCGCCCUCGUGGGCGUCUGCGCCCAGCUUCUCAGUGCGGCUCCCACCCAGUCAUUCAACGUGAACCACACAAUGAUCCCCCCUUGCCGCCAAGAGCGCUUCCCCUGUCGCAUUAUCGGACCAGGCCCCCGCUUCUCGAUUGUUCUCUGGUAUGCGGAGGCGGCAGACCUUGAACGCGGAAAUAUCGAGUCAACCUGCGGCGUGGCCGCCGAGUCCUGGGAGGUUGAGAGUUUUCACGUUCCGCCUGGGGGCGAAGACAUUGGGUGCGUUCAGGCCAUCGCCACCUUCAAGAUGGCAAACGGUAGCCGCGAUGGCCCGGUCGCCUGCGUCGGCAGCGGUCUCACUAGGCCAUUCGCGAAGAUCAUGUGCGUGGAUUGAGGGGAUCAAACGGGGUAGGGCUUGAUUGACCAGCAUGAAUCGGAGGAAAGAAACCCUUUUUUU